UUUUUCUGCGAUUAUUACAUAAUAAAUUGUGUUGCGAAAAUAAUCAUACCAAACCGCUGAGAUAUGAUAUCGACAAUUUACUGUAAGGGUUCCAGUCAGCCAACUAAUAACCCCCAAAGAUAACCUCGGAUUCGGCACAUAUCCUCGUACCCAUCCAGAAGAGUGACUAACUAACAGGGGCGUGUUCUGCCGUCACGAAUUGCAUCGAUUCCUAGGUUUCUGCUCGCUGGAAUUGCGGCGGCCUUGCCUCUCCCUUGUAUGGCUGGCCGGCACUAGCAGGUGAGCAGUACGGUGCAAAUGUUUGCUCGCGUAUCCCGCAAGCUUCACGUCCAUGGCCGCGGCAGUCCUUUCUUCUUCAAAUCCCUCCUAGAUUACUGCUCCACCCCAGCCGCACUUGUCGCCGCCCCUCAAACAAAGCAAAUUACGCCUACCACUGGUAGCUUCUUGGAAGAAUGCUUGAUAAACUCACUUGGGUUCUCAAAACAAGAAGCCAUCUCCGCUUUAAGUAAGUUAAUCCGCUUGAAUGCCAUCAAGAAAGAUCCCAAUUUAGUCAUCAAUUUCUUGUUUAAUUUGGGUUUAACAAAAGCCGACAUCAAAAAAGUUAUUUCCAAGAGCCCCCAGUUACUACUCUCCAGCGUCGAGAAAACCCUUAAACCAAAAAUCAGCUAUCUCCAAACACUCGGCCUGUCAGGGUCCGAGCUCGUCAAAUUGGUAGUGAGGUAUCACCGAAUUUUCUUCAGAGGGUUAGAUAAUCAUCUUGUUCCCCGGAUUGAGUGCUUGAGAAAAUUGUUGGGAGAUGAUGAGAAAGUAGUUUUAGCUUUGAGGAAGAUUGUUUUCGUGCCUAGUAAUAAUGCGGUAGAGAGAAUGGAACAAAAUGUUGCAGUGUUGCAGAAUAAUGGAUUUUCUAAUGAUUUCAUUGCCAAAUUUGUUCUCAAAAGUCCCACCCUUUUCAUUGCAAAGAGUGAAAAAUUGCAGGAGGUGUUGCACCGGCUGCAACAUGAUUGGGGGAUUCCUCGCGAUACUAACAUGUUUGCCCAGGGAAUUGAUGUGCUAUGUUCUGGUAGUAAAUCAAAAAUUGAUAUGAAGUUUGAGAUUUUAAGGAGUUAUGGUUGGUCCAAUUCAGAGAUAAUCAGAAUGGUUAGGAGUUUACCUCGUGUUCUGGAUACGUCCCAUUCUAAGAUGAGAAAAAUCCUAGAUUAUUUCAUGAAGGAGGUUGGAUUUAGUGCUGAUUACUUGGCUUCCCGACGUUCGGUUUUCACCUUUAGUUUGGAAGGCAGGGUGAAGCCCAGGCAUGAAGUUUUGAAAAUUCUGAAUGACGAGAAGUUGAGCAAAGCCGGUCUUGUUAACAUUUUGUCCUUGUCAGAAUUGCAGUUUCAGAACAGGUGUCUUCUCCCUUACAAGGAUAUUUUACCUGACAUGUAUGAGUCAUAUUUGAAGAAGGUUGGCAGCCGGAAAAAGCAACUUUGAUGUGCUUGAAGUAACAGACUGUUUCAGUUUGUCAUGUCAUGUAUUCUGUCAAUGAAGUUAUUGUGAAUUUUGUUUUUCUUGUGCUUUUUCUCCAUUGGGGUACUUGUUGGAAGUUUACCUUGGCACACAACAAUUAGUAGAAAUAUUGUCUGAUUAGUUUAGAAGAAUACAUACAUAGGUUGGCUUCCUCCUUGCAGUAGUGGGUGCUUAGGUCAAAGGGGAGAUAAUGCCACAGAUCAUUGGAUUUUGUGGGAUGUUUCAUAUGAUUCAUUAAUGAUUAACUAGAAAGAAGAUGCACAGGAAAGAAUGACUUUCUUUUGCCCUA